AGAGAGAUGAGGGUACCGGUAGUAGUUAAGUGAAUUACGUGUGAAGACCAAACAUCCAUCAAUAAUGAAAGGUAGCUAGCCAGAAGCAGGGAGGCGUGAUUGACACGCACUGAAUUAAUGAGCUCAUCACAGGAGGGGGAAGGGCAUUGGUAUUGCCAGACCAGUCAUUUAAUGCCCAUUGUCAAUAAUUGAUUUUCCUGUAUUGUCUACGAUAGUGGAUGUGAGUGAUUUCCUUGCCUGCCAGCCAGCUACCAUAGCUAUCCCCUGUGCAGUUUGCCCCAGAUUUUCUGGCCUUCCUCCUCCCCUGAACGCACCCAGGGGCCCAGUGUUUUCACACAGCCAUGGCUGCGAUCACCGAUCAGCGGUCUUUGGUGACAAAAUCGGAAGUGCUCCCCAGAAACCACAGGCAAGCUGCACUCUAGAGCACACGGGAGAGGUGUACUAUUAUUGGAGCAAAUGUGAGGCCAGCGGUGUGCAUGCUCCGUAUAUCGGUUGAGUGCAUUUACAGUUUGUGUGUGGGCAUGUGGUGGUAGCUCAGUGACAGUUAUACAUGGCUUCCAUUUACACAGCAUACACACACACAAACACACGGCACACACACACUCUCACGGAGAGAGAGGGAUAUUUUCGCUGGCACAUACUGGCAGUCGGUAAAUGCAAACGUGACCUUUGUUUCACACAUAGGGUCAGAGUACACAAACGUAUUAACUGCUAACUGCUAUGGAUGCUGGCGAGCUCGAUGAAUGCAAGUGUUACACGGCAACAGCAACUAACUGUGAGACAGGGGAUUACAAGCCUCUCUAAAGGAUUAUAUAAAGUGGAAUAUUAUCAUGGACGCCAGCUCUGGGUAAUGACGCAGUACAAUGUUGUGUCAUUAUGAUGAAAGACAGUGAUUCUUGCCUGGCGAACCCCAAGUACACUCAGUGGAUCCUCGAGGCCAUUCGCAAGAUCAGGAAGCAGAAGCAGAGGCCCAAUGAGAAGCGCAUCUGCCAUGCGGUCCGGCACGGCCGGGGCCUGGACCACGCGGACAUCAAGGAGCAGUUAGAACUCUGCGUCCGCGACGGCAAUGUUUUGAAGGUGAUGAAUAAAGGGGUCGCGUCCUACCGCGACCCCGAGUUCUCUCCCGGCACUCGGGGUGGGGGCCGCGGUCGUGCCAGCCGCGGCACAAGCACCACCAAAAUUCUCGGGAACCUCACGCUCAGCACGGAUUACCUUCGCCUCAUUCAGAGCACCAUCAAGCAGUUGGCCGAAGGCGGCUCCACGCUCAAGAGCGUGGAAAAGUAUAUUCGCCAAACUUACAAUGUUGACACCAGGAUGGAAAAUGACCUAAGCAGCAAGCUGAGGCUUGCUGCCAAAAAGGGAAUUGCACAAGCAAAACUGACUAAAGAUGGUAAAUUAUUCAAAUUGCCAGACCAAAAUCAUGAUAAACUAAACAAACUUCAGGGAGACAAUACAAAAAACAAUGUGCAGGUAAGUUGUACGUGUACAUGUACAUGACAAUUUUCUUUGUUUCUUUACAUGCAGUGUGAAGUGCUUGAUGGAAAGUUUGUUAGACAUUUUCCACAGGUGAUUACAUACAAUGAUAAUAUUCCAUGA